AUGGAGACAACUGAUGGAGUUAAGGACCUGAAAACAGACGCCAUGGUAACUGCAGCUCUGUUCUCAGAGUUCAUUGUGUGGCAGCACCAUGGCACGUCGAUAUACCACACUGAUGAGGAGGAGAGAGGCCAGGAAACUGACAGUGAGGAUGGAUUAGAGGAGGAAGUGUCAGAAGAUGAAGAUGACACAGAAUACAAUCCAGACCAAGAAUCAACUGAUGGAGAGGAAUCCAGUGAUGAAGAGGAUGGCAAUGCUGAGGCUGCUGUCACAUUCAGGUCAAAGAACGGGAACUUGUCCUGGUCUUCAUCCCCACCUGAGAAUCAAGGUAGGCUUUCAGCUGAAAAUGUCAUCAGGAUGACCCCAGGACCAACAAAAUAUGCCGUAUCCCGAAUUGAUGACAUCAAAUCCUGCUUUGAACUGUUCCUGACUGACUCCAUCAAAAACAUAGUGGUAAACAUGACCAACUUGGAAGGGAAACGGGUCUACAAAGACAACUGGAAGGAGGUAACCCAGACAGACAUGAACGCAUACAUGGGUGUUUUGAUUUUGGCUGGUGUGUACAGAUCCAGAAACGAGUCUGGUCGGACAAUUUUUCGGGCCACCAUGUCACUCCAGAAAUUUCACAUGCUGUCACGGGUGAUUCGCUUUGACAACCGUGAUACAAGACCAGGCCCUCGUCAACAAGACAAACUGGCAGCAAUCAGAGAGGUUUGGGACAAGUGGGUAGAGCGCCUGCCACUCAUCUACAACCCAAGUCCAAACGUCACAGUGGAUGAGCGCCUUGUCGCUUUUAGGGGACGCUGCCCUUUCAAACAGUACAUGCCAAGCAAGCCGUCUAAAUAUGGCAUAAAGAUAUGGGCAACAUGUGAUGCCAGUACAAGUUAUGCCUGGAAAAUGCAAGUUUAUACUGGGAAAUCUGCGGACGGUGUUCCUGAAAAGAACCAAGGGAAGCGUGUGGUUCUGGAGAUGACUGCAGGUCUCAAGGGACACAACAUAACGUGUGAUAACUUCUUCACCUCCUACACUCUUGGUCAGGAACUGCUCCAAAAAAAAUUGACCAUGGUGGGAACGAUCAGAAGAAACAAGCCUGAGCUGCCUCCAGCCUUACUUGCUACUCAGGACAGGGAUCGUUUUUCCUCCAGAUUUGCCUUCACCGAUACUCACACUCUUGUGUCCUACUGUCCAAAGAAGAGGAAAAAUGUGCUCCUGAUGACAACUCUGCACAGGGAUGCCGCUGUGAGCACCAGGGAGGACAAGAAACCCAAUGCCAUCCUGGAUUGCAACAGGAACAAAGGCGGAGUUGACAACCUUGAUAAGGUUACUGGCACAUAUUCUUGUCAGAGGAAGACAGCACGUUGGCCCAUGGUGGUGUUUUUCAACAUGUUAGAUGUGUCAGCGUACAACGCAUUCGUGCUGUGGAUGGAGGUGAAUCCAAGAUGGAAGCAGGGGAAAUGUUUCAAGAGGAGGCUAUUCCUGGAAGAGUUGGGGAAAGCCAUGCUAGCACCCUCCAUUCAACAACGCCAACACCUUCCCCGAACGCCAGCCUCUGCAGGAUUGGUGAGAGAGAUACAAGGCGGAGAAGCGAGAUCACCUGCUGCAAGAGAGAGAGGUGACAAAAGGAAGAGGUGCAGUCUAUGUGCGCCAAGAGAUGUAAAAACAAGCAUGACGUGCCAAAAAUGCAAUGCAUAUGUGUGCAAGGCACAUGCAACAUCUUGCACAUAUUGUCCAAAAUGUGCAUGAGAAGUUUGAGUCAACCCACUCCAAGUUUAGAAGCCUGAUUUUUAACAGUUUUCAGUUGUUUUUCUGUUAUUAGGCAAAAACAAAUCUGAUAGAGUGAUGAAUAUUGUAAUGUUAUUGUUCUUGUUAGUUGUUCUUUAAUGUAUUAAGACAUCGAUCUUGUAAUAUUGGGAAAUUGUUUUGGGAUAAUUUCCUUUGUACACAAAUAAAAUAUUCCGGUCACUUUUGACCGGGAACACGA